UAUUUCUAAAAUAUAAUAAUUACGCAAUAAAAAAAUAAAAAAAAGAAGUUAGAUUCUUUUGUGGAGAGAAUUAGAGAAUAUUGUAGAACAUACACUCCACGUCUCAUAAAACAGGGACACGUACUGAGAAUUUUGUGAGACAAUCGAGAGAGAGAGUGUGAGAGAGAUAGAGAGAGCUGCAACACCACCACUCCAAAUGGAUCUACUGAAACCAAGCCGAGCGAAUUCAUGUCCUCUAACCCCUUUAACCUUCCUUGAAAGAGCCGCCACCGUCUACGGAGACUGCCCCUCCAUCGUAUACACCACCACCACCACCACCACCACCUUCACAUGGUCACAGACUCACCGCCGGUGCCUCCAACUAGCUUCUUCGCUAUCCUCUCUCGGCAUCGAGAGAGGCCACGUCAUCUCCGUCAUAGCCCCCAACACACCCCCCAUGUACGAGCUCCACUUCGCCGUCCCCAUGUCCGGCGCUAUUCUCAACACCCUCAACACCCGCCUCGACUCCCACACCAUCUCCGUCCUCCUCCUCCACAGCCAAUCCAAACUCCUCUUCUUCGACCACCACUUUCAACCUCUCGUCCUCCGAGCCAUCUCCAUGUUCCCUCCCAACAUUCCAUCACCUAAGCUCGUCCUCAUCACAGAUCACCAUGAUCAUGCCCCAUCUCCAUCUCCAUCUCCAUCACUUGAUGAUGACACUUACGAGGGCUUGGUGGAGAGAGGUGAUUCUGGGUUCAACUGGAUUCGACCCAAAUCCGAAUGGGACCCGAUUAUACUCAAUUAUACUUCAGGUACCACGUCUUCUCCUAAGGGAGUUGUUCAUUGCCACCGUGCCAUUUUCAUCAUGACCCUUGAUUCCUUGAUCGAUUGGUCUGUGCCCAAACAACCCGUGUUCCUCUGGACCCUACCCAUGUUCCACUCCAAUGGCUGGUGCUUCCCCUGGGCUAUGGCCGUCGUCGGCGGAACCAACAUCUGCCUCCGCAAAAUUGACCCACCCCAAAUCUACAACUCAAUCAACCAAAACCAAGUCACUCACAUGUGCGGCGCUCCAGUGAUUCUCAACAUGCUAUCAAACUGUUCCAAUUCGGAGCCUCUCCGGAACCCGGUUCAUUUUCUCACCGGCGGUUCUCCGCCGCCGGCCACCUUGCUCCGGCGAGUGGAGUCACUGGGUUUUGUGGUGACUCAUGGGUUUGGAAUGACGGAGUUGGCCGGAGUGGUGAUUUCGUGCGCGUGGAAGAGGAAGUGGAAUCGGCUGCCGGCCGAGGAGAGGGCGAGGUUGAAGGCGAGGCAAGGGGUGAGGACGGCGGCGGCGACGACGGAGGUGGACGUGGUGGAUCCAGUUUCCGGGAAAGUGGAACGAGACGGAUUGACAGUCGGCGAGAUCGUAGUAAGAGGAGGGAGUGUAAUGCUGGGUUAUCUGAAAGACCCAGAAGCGACUUCAAAAUGUUUGAGAGAGAAUGGGUGGCUUUACACGGGAGAUGUGGCGGUGAUGCACCCAGAUGGGUAUUUGGAGAUCAAAGAUCGAUCCAAAGACAUUAUCAUAACCGGUGGCGAGAAUGUGAGUAGUGUGGAGGUUGAGGCGGUGCUGUAUUCGCACCCGGCGGUUAACGAGGCGGCGGUGGUGGCGCGGCCGGACGAGUUCUGGGGAGAGACUCCGUGUGCGUUCGUGAGCUUGAAAAAGCAGAAUGAGAGGGUGUCGGAGGAGGAGGUGAUAGAGUUUUGCAGAGAUAGGUUGCCGCAUUAUAUGGUGCCGAGGACGGUGGUGGUGGUGGAGGAAGAGCUUCCGAAGACCUCGACUGGGAAGAUUCAGAAAGCUCUGCUAAGAGACAAUGCAAAGGCUAUGGGUUCGCUGCGACAAGCUGGUCGACUGUGAGGUCCUCCUCAAUUUCUUCUCUUGUGAUUUGUAUGGAUAUGGUGUUUGCAUGUCUGUUAGUUUUGAGUUUUUCAAUCUAGUUUUUGAUUUUAUAUAUCUGUAAGAGAAAUGUUAGGAAUUAUAAAUUUUUUUUUAUAAAAAUGAUCAUGAAAAGAUUGUGACUCUUAAAUUUUCUUGAUUAUAAAUUGUAUCAGUAAUGGUAUCAAUUUAGAUUUGAGAAAAGUCAGGAUCAUAAAUUUUUUUUCAUAAAAAUGAUCAUGAAAGAUUUAUAAUCUUUAGAUUACCUUGAUCAGUGUAUGCUACUUUAUUCUAAGUAUAA